AUGGCGCGCGCCACCGCCGCCCGAUUCAACGGGUUGAGCCACAGAACACGUUGAGCCUCAAUCAUCCAUCCACCUAUCUAUCCAUUCUUGGAUUUUGAAAAGAUGGCACUGGUCCACGUUUCGAGAGCGCGCGCAUGAGCGCGGGCGUUUUGUAGUCGUGUUUUCAAACCCGCCCUUUUGGAAAAGUGGUGCUGUGCCGAGCGAAGAGGAACACGGUUUGAAGCUGACGCUUUCUGAGCAACCCGACAUCAUGGUCAAGACAUCGAAGCCGUCCGUUGACCUGUCCCUGAAGUCGGUGCUGCUGGCGCUAACGGACAGUGACAUGCACCGCUUCGAAACUCGCCUGGCUAGUUUCGAGCACUGGCCGCUGACCGGCGACUGCAUGUGCACGCCGGCACGGAUGGCCGAGGCCGGUUUCUACCACUGUCCAACGGAGAACGAGCCAGACCUUGCUCGUUGCUACGUGUGCCUCAAGGAGCUAGACGGCUGGGAGCCGAAUGACGACCCAUUCAAGGAGCACGCGCGCUCGACGAAGUGCGCCUUCGUUCGCUUGGGCAAGAAACACGAAGACCUCACAACACUGGACUAUAUCAAUCUCGAGAAGGCCCGAUCCAAGAACAAGGCCCAGAAGUGCAUCGAAGUGCAGAAGGCGGAACUGGGAGAGGACAUGCGCAAGGUCAAGUAUGAACUGGACAAAGUGCGGAGGAAGAAGCGUUGACCGGUUGCGUGUGUAGCACAGGGCGUCAGCGAUUUUGUGCUCGUUUUACCGUCUUUUUAAACCUGCGUGGCUUUUUUAAUCAAUGCACAUCAUUCUUUUUAACGCUACCUUAAUGUUUGACCAUUAACUGUACAGCAAUGAAAACUUGGCUUUUACAAUACUCGCUUACUGUGCUGAAAAAAAAGGGGGGGGGGGGGGUGCAGUUCGGCCAGAGCUCCCGUGUCUCAAGUACUUUUGUCCGCAUCUGGCCGCCUCGCGGUAUUGUCUAGGUUCCACAUUUACCUAGCAUGCGUGUGCUCAUUGCGGCGAUGAGUUAUGCAGUUUUUUUCCCCUCAAAAGAUGGCGACAAGCUCGACUGACUAUACAAAUUCCGACUGUGUGGGUACCCGGAAUAAUGUCAGCAGGAGCUCAAGACCUGUUCUGUGACCAUUGCUUUGGUGCAGCAAUGCAGCUGCUUGCAAACACAAUAAAUACACUAAACAAGGUA